GGGGACAUAUACCGCCAGCGAUGUCCAUGAUUACAUUGUGCUUCAUUACCCAAGAUUAAAAUAUACUAUUAUUGUCGUCUCCAGAUAAGUUGAUCUGCUUAUUAUUAUUAUUAUUAUUGUUAGCUUGUCUGCUGCGACUAAAUAAAAUUUUUGUCAAACCUGUUUUUCGUUUUCCUCUCUUAAAAAAAAUCUUACGUAAUAACAACAACUGGUGACAAAGACAUUCUUAAAGAAAUCCAUCUAAUGUGUAUGUAGAGUAUAGCUGCUUCCCUCACCAAGCACUUUCUUUCCUCCUACUUUAUGUACUUGUUGUUGAAAGCUUUUUGAAGGAAACGAGUUCAGUCAAGUAGCUGUCUUUUGAACUUUGAAAGAUCAUCCCCUAUAAAUACCCACUUUUUGGUGGCUGAAUCACCAACCCAAAUUAGUCUUUCUUUACUGCGGGAUCAAAUUCAUUUCUGGGCUUUGCUCUCCCCUCUUCAUAUUGUUUAUACAUUGACCUGAUUGAUAAUUGAUUUGGGGGAUUAGGAUUCCAUCUGUGACUUCACACACUUUAACAAGAUUCUUCAUAUCUCAAAGGUUAGGCUUUGCUGAUGUUUCCGAGCAGUAUGAUUUUCACAUUGUUUUUUCAGUUUUGGUGUUGCUAAUGUAGCACUUUUAGAGUUGCCCCAACACCUAGAACAUUCAGGAACAUUAUAUGUUUCCCUUUGCCUUUUUUUUUUUUUUUAAAUAAAAAAAAUAAUGUUUUUCUGGGGUUUGGAGCAGAAAGUUUACCAUUUUAAUGGAAAGUAACGCUUCCAUUGAUUAUCUUAAAUAUAACUCUGUCUUCUGUUACAUUUAUUUGCCACUGAUCAGGUGCUGGAGAUUCAGAAUGGAAAGUGAGGAGCUUUUUAAAUCUUCAUCAUCAUCAAUCAGAGAUUCUGCAGAAAUAAUCCCUUCACUGAUAAGGCACAUCAGCGAAAAUGAAGUGGAAGGAUUCGAUGUUCUUCUUCAAGGUGACAAGAAGUUGAGUGGUCAGGAAGCCAUCAAAGAUGAUCCUGUUUCCCAUCCUUUAAGUCUGGGAAUUGAGUCAGCAGCUGAAGGUAUGAAGGAGAGCAGCGGUGUAAAUCAGUCUCAGAGAACAGAAUAUGUUUCGAUUAGCAUGCCGCCAUCUCCGAAAGGAAAUGCCAAGAAAGUUCUCUUCAGUGACAAUAGUGAAGUCAUGAAUGGCAACGGCGCUCAAAAUCCGACCGCUUCUUCAAAUGUUGCGGGCUCUGAUCAGCCAAAAGGGGUGAAAUUCCACUCUCAACCCAUGCCAACAGGCAGAAUUCCAGGCGGGGCAGAAAUCCCACCACCGAGAAACCCAGCAAUUCAGAGACUGAAGGAUAACCGAUUCGACUCUUUCAAAACCUGGUCAGGAAAACUAGAAAGACAGAUCUCCAACAUACGAGGAAGGCGUCAGGAACCUGAACAACAGGAUUCCGUUCCUGCCCAGAAUCUCGAAGUAGAAACUUUACCUGCAUCAAGAUACUUUGAUGCCUUACAGGGCCCUGAAUUGGACACUUUACGGCCGUCAGAGCAAAUACUUCUUCCUGAAGAUAAGCUAUGGCCAUUUCUUCUUCGGUUUCCAAUCUCUUCAUUCGGUAUCUGCCUUGGUGUUAGCAGCCAAGCCAUUAUGUGGAAAGCACUGGCAACCUCUGCUUCCACAAAAUUCCUUCAUAUUAGCCUGGAUGUAAACCUCGUCUUGUGGUUCAUUUCGGUUGCUCUACUUGUCAUCAUCUUUUGUAUCUAUUUUCUGAAACUGGUUUUCUACUUUGAAGCCGUUCGCCGAGAAUACUACCACCCAAUCCGUGUUAACUUCUUCUUUGCCCCCUGGAUUGCCCUGUUGUUUUUAGUACUCGGACUUCCACCUUCAAUCUGUGAAAAUCCUCAUGGAGCUCUUUGGUACGCUCUUAUGGCGCCGAUUUUUGUUCUUGAGCUUAAAAUCUACGGACAGUGGAUGUCUGGUGGACAGAGAAGGCUGUCCAAGGUAGCCAACCCCUCGAAUCAUUUAUCCGUUGUCGGGAAUUUUGUCGGGGCGUUGCUUGGUGCAUCCAUGGGACUAACAGAAGGGCCAAUUUUCUUCUUUGCUGUUGGAUUGGCUCAUUACACUGUCUUAUUUGUGACCCUUUACCAAAGACUUCCCACCAAUGAAACACUUCCUAAAGAACUCCAUCCAGUGUUUUUCCUGUUUGUUGCUGCCCCUAGUGUUGCCUCAAUGGCCUGGGCAAGAAUUCAGGGAUCUUUUGAUUACGGAUCACGGAUUGCUUACUUCAUUGCUAUGUUCCUCUAUCUCUCCCUGGCCGUGCGUAUCAAUUUUUUCCGGGGCUUCAGGUUUUCGUUGGCGUGGUGGGCGUAUACUUUCCCGAUGACCGGAGCAGCCAUUGCGACGAUCAGGUACUCAACCGUGGUGACAACAUUAGUAACAAAGUGUUUAACAGUCAUACUAUGUUCUGUGUCAACACUCACGGUAACCGGCCUUCUUGUAACGACCAUCAUCCACGCAUUCGUGCUUCGAGAUCUCUUCCCUAAUGACAUUGCCAUCGCAAUUAGCGAAAGAAGGCCUAAAACCAGCCACAGGCAUUGGUUCCACCGAAGGAAUGGCAGUUCUGAUACCACCAAAGACAUUGAGAACUACCUUAAAUUUGUUAACUCUGCAGAUGAGAAAGAUAUCGAAGCUUCAAUGAAUGCAACAACAGGCUCCACUUCCGAAGAGGAUAACAAAAGCUCUUCUGCCAAAAGGUUCAAAAAGGAUCUUCAAUCUUCACUUUCUCACUUCUGAGCUGCUAUUUCUUAGUGGUUUAAAUCAAGGGAGGAGCAAUUGUCUUCGGAGUUCCUAUGAUCUUGAAUGUACAAAUUCGAUCACGAGGUUUUUUACUUUGAACGAUCUAAUUUUGUUUGAGCUUUGAAUUUUGUAUCGCCGAAUCAUUUUUGUACAUUAC